CUCCCAGCCACCACCAUGAUCAUCUACUGGCACCUCAUCAGCCAUGAGGAGAUGUCCUCCAAUAGCUACAAGAUCCAGGAGGUUGCAAAUGGACUGUGUUUGGAAGUACAGGGGAAGAUGGUCAGCAGGACAGAGGGUAACACCGAUGACUCACCUGUUGGUGGAAAUGCCUCCAUGGAGGGCCCGGAGGAAGGAAUGGAAAGCACAACAAUCGCUGAUGUUGAUAUUGUAAUGAACCAUAGUUUGCAGCAAACCAGCUUCAUAAAAGAAGCCUACAAGAAGUAUAUCAAAGAUUACAUGAAAUCAAUCAAAGAGAAACUUGAAGAACAGAGACCAGGAAGAGUAAAGCCUUUUAUGACAGGGGCUGCAGAACGAAUCAAGCACAUCCUUGCUAAUUUCAAAAACUGCCAGUUCUUUGUGGGUGUCAACACGAAUCCAGAUGGCAUGGUUGCUCUGCUGGGCAGUGUGACCCUGUAUAUAAUUUUCUUUAAGGAUGGUAUGGAAAUGGGAAAAUGUUAACACAUUUGGCAGUUU